CUGGACUGGGCGGCGGCUCCGGGAACCUUCCAGGGCGAGGCGGCCCGGGGCGGGCGCGGAGGUCUCGCUUUCAAAAUGUCCACUGUUCAUGAAAUUCUGUGCAAGCUCAGCUUGGAGGGUGAUCACUCCACCCCACCCAGUGCUUAUGGCUCCGUCAAGGCCUACACUAACUUCGAUGCUGAGAGGGAUGCCCUGAACAUUGAAACGGCCAUCAAGACCAAAGGGGUGGAUGAAGUCACUAUCGUCAACAUCCUGACCAACCGCAGCAAUGAACAGAGACAGGAUAUUGCCUUCGCCUACCAGAGAAGGACCAAGAAGGAACUUGCUUCCGCGCUGAAGUCAGCCUUGUCCGGCCACCUGGAGACAGUGAUUUUGGGACUAAUGAAAACACCUGCUCAGUAUGAUGCUUCCGAGCUGAAGGCAUCCAUGAAGGGCCUGGGGACUGAUGAGGAUUCUCUCAUUGAAAUCAUCUGCUCAAGGACCAACCAGGAGCUACAGGAAAUCAACAGAGUCUACAAGGAGAUGUACAAGACAGAUUUGGAGAAGGACAUUGUCUCUGAUACAUCCGGUGAUUUCCGCAAGCUGAUGGUGGCUCUUGCCAAGGGCAGAAGAGCAGAGGAUGGUUCUGUCAUUGACUAUGAGCUCAUUGACCAGGAUGCACGGGAUCUGUAUGAUGCAGGCGUGAAGAGAAAGGGAACUGAUGUCCCCAAGUGGAUCAGCAUUAUGACAGAGCGCAGCACGUGUCACCUCCAGAAAGUGUUCGAAAGGUACAGGAGCUACAGCCCUUAUGACAUGGAGGAGAGCAUCAAGAAGGAAGUCAAGGGAGACCUGGAAAAUGCUUUUCUGAACCUGGUUCAGUGCAUCCAGAACAAGCCCCUGUACUUUGCUGACCGCCUAUAUGACUCCAUGAAGGGCAAAGGCACCCGCGAUAAGGUGUUGAUCCGAAUCAUGGUCUCCCGGAGUGAGGUGGACAUGCUGAAGAUCAGGUCUGAGUUUAAGAGGAAGUACGGCAAGUCCCUCUACUACUACAUCCAGCAAGACACCAAGGGUGACUACCAGAAAGCGUUGCUGUAUCUGUGCGGUGGGGAUGACUGAGCCAGAAGACCAAGCACUAGAACCAGAGCUGAACUCCCAGCUAACAGUUGUAGGAUACAGCUUGCAACUAACAGCCCCCAGCAGUCCCCAGAGGGCAACAGCAAGGCCCAGUCCUAUCCCAGCUUCUCUCUUCUUUUAGCCCUAGAGUUGAUCUCUCCAAAGACUGGGGAGUGAAAUCAUGAUGUGAAAAAGUACCCUUUUGUGUACUGU